UCUCUGUAAUAAACUCAUUUCAAUUUCUAACAAUAAAUUUCACUUCUGAACAUGUAUACCAUAAAAAUGUAUAAACGAUGAGGUAAUAACCUCCAUGAAGAAGAUGUACCAUCCUUUUCAACGUCGAAGCAAAAUGUAUACAUAAUUUGGCAACGCGCUCUUAUCAAGCAUGAGGGUACCACCAUUCGAUAAGAAGAUGUGUACGAAAUGCUAUAUAUUGAAUGCUCGCGGUGAGAGCACCGUUUACGUGCAUUUCGAUUAUUGCUUUUCGUGGAAGCUCCGCGCAGACGAGUUCUAUUCUGGGAAUAAAGAGAUUUUCGAAAACCAUGUUCUGCAGAGUUUCAGUGUUCAUCCUCGCGAUUGUUGGGGUGUACGCGCAGCCCAUCGAUCAAUCGAUCGAGUCGGUCAACAGAGUCGAUCGUGCGGCGCAGAUAGAAGAUGAGGAUCCUUCUUCCACUUUGACGAUUCAGAUUACCGACGGACCCACCACCAUGAAACCAGGCUUCCUCGCUUGGCUGCUAACGCCGUUGGCUCAGAGCCUGAUCAACCCCCAAUCUCUGCUGCAAAAUGGCGUGACCCAACUGAAAGAAACUCUGAAUAAUCUUGGCUUCAGGACUAGCGAGAAUAUUAAAGCCAAACAACUGACCAUUUCGGAUAAUUUGCUGCAUGCUGCGGAUGUAGACGAGCCAGAAUUCGACGCUAACAGAUUGGAACCUACGGGACCGGACAGUGCUUGGCUGCAGGAGAAGCGUAGCCCGUUCACGGAUGGUGGAUAUAGGAAGUAGGGAUGUGUUUGAGAGUUUCGGAAAGUUGGGAAGCUGGGGAAGGUUGGAAAGCUCGGGAAUGGGAUUUAGGGAUUUGGGUAGUUGAAGAGGGAAAUUUGGAGAUUUGGGGGUUGGAAAUU